ACUCCCACCAUCCUCCAUUAGCCCCUCCUCCAGAGCUGUUCCUGCAGCCUCCAGGGACAGGAACCUGGCUACAUGUGUGUUACUCAGGUGUGAGAUGCGACAGGGGUACUAUAGGCCUGCCCCACUAGCACAGAAGCAGCUGGUGUGACAGCCACAGGCACAGACCCUGGGACCAGGUGCCUGGGUCCAAAUCCUGGCUUUGCCACCUGACAGCUGUGUGUGUGUGACAGUGGCCAGGAUACUUACUCAUAAAGCAUGUUCACAUUUGAGAUGGGAUAAUAUUGUUGUAAUUUUCCGUUUAAAAUUUUUUAAAGAUAAAAACAAAAGCAGGUUUGCCUUUUGUUAACCGUGUGACCUUGAACAAGUUACUUUGCUUCUCUGUACCUCAGUUUACCCACCUGUAAAAGGGAGCAGACAAGGGUAGCAUUGCUGGGAAGGUAAAUGAAAUCACAAAAGGGCUUCACAGCACCUGGCUCACAGAAAGUGCCUUAUCAGUGAUGGCUGAAAAAGCCGUCUCCAGGGUGUCUCACAGGAGGCCGAGGUUGAGGCUGCACCCAUUUUCCAGGGGGAGCUGGCUAGGUGGGGGAAGGGGCUUCAGGCAUCCGCAGGGCAGGUGGGAGUCAGCAGUGGGCAGACAGGAGUCACGACUCACCCAGAGAGAGGGAGUCAGUGCAGAGUCCAGAUAGCGUGGUGGGGAGCUGAGCGAAGCGGGGAGGGGAUCCACAUCCCCACUGAGGACUCUGAGGAUGGUCCAGCAGACCCUCCCUGUGCAGACAAAGGAGCCCUUGGCCCUGGUCCCAGGCCCUCCGUUCCUCGCACUGUGAGUAGGUGCAGAGCCUCCCUGGUGAGAGAGACGAGGGGACAGGGCAGAGUCUGUGUGCUGGGAAUGAGGACGCAGCACUGCUGAUCCACAUACUGAGCCCUGUGGGUGGACACUGUCCCAUACGAUGUAGCUGGGCCAGACAACAGAGCCUUCAAGAAUUAGGAAAAGGCUCCUCUGCAAAAGGCGGACACAGACGUGUUUGGGGAAUAGAGGGUGGGCUGGUUUUCAGCCCCCACUUGUCCCCUCUGCUGAGUACCCUAUACAGUGAACAACCUGAGCAACUGCACACGAUGGUCAUGGACCCCUCUUCAUGUGUCCGGGCUGGUGGGGCCUCCCACCCACUGCUUCAAGGCCCCCACAUGCAGGGAAAGGGGGUGGUUAUUGUUGCCGUGUUAGACAGAGGCUAGAGCUGAGAGGGGCUCAGGCAGAGACAUGCAUGGGCAGGGGAGAGGUCAGAGAGGGACUACCACGGACCUCAAGACAGGGUGACGGGGAGAGGAUCCUGCUGGCUUGGAGCAGAGCCUGUGGACUGCAGACCCGAGCCCUCUCUGUGCUCCACCAGAGCCUCACCCCUCAGGCAGGGGCAGAUUAACCAGUAAGCAAGGUACACACCAGGUUACAGUAAGCAAGGUAAGCAUGGGCUUAAUUGUGCGGAAACCCUUUUGGUGUAGUGGUUAAGUGGUUAAGAGCUAUGGCGGCUAACCAAAAGGUCAGCAGUUCAAAUGCACCAGGCGCUCCUUGGGAACCUUAUGGGGCAGGUCUACUCUGUCCUAUAGGGUUGCUAUGAGUCAGAAUUGACUCAACAGCAAUGGUUGCUAACCUGUAGUGCACAAUUUCACAUCAAAGAUGUGGUGAAAAACAGGUGAAAUUGUGUACAACAGAUUCGUAAGUAAGCACAAUUAAGCCUGUGCGUACCUUGCUUACUGGGUAAUCCAACCACACCCAAGGGCACGUCCACCGUGUCACAGCUCGUGGGGCCUGUGACAGGCAUCAGAGCCAGGGCUGCACCCUCUCUCCCCAGACCUUCUCCCUGGCAUCAGAGGGCCACUUCCAAACGUUCUAAACACCCCCCUGCCCAUCUGACAUCUUAUUUGCAUGAAACAAAAGGUGUAGCUUUCAAAAUAUUUAACAGCCUCUGCCAUGUGGUGCGUUCCAGCGAUAUAUCCAUUCUCUUCACCAUUGUCCUGACUGACGGGGCGGGACCACCACUCCCAUCUGCCCACAGGAGCCUCCCUCUUGGGCAUCCUGUGCUCAGCCAAGCCCAGCACACUCUCUGGCCCCCCGGGCUAUGACAAACCCGGGGGCAUCCUCUGAAAACACAGGAGGUGGGAGAUUCAAGGGCAGAUCCACUGUCCCCUGGCCAACAGGCCACGUUGGGAGAAGAGCCUGCUGGUACCCCGUUCCCUUUCAUGCUCAGCCUAUGCCCCAUUUCUCUGACCAAGGCUCUGCCCUGACCCUCCCAAAUAAUUUUGGCUCAGGCACCUGAGUGGCAGCUCUGGAGGAUACUGGGCGGGGGGAGUCAAUGUGAAACUGACCCCCGCCCCCAUCUGGAGAGCUGGGUGAAACAGAGGCUCUGUCAAGGCCAGACAGCAGAGAGGAUGUCUUCAGCACCAUUUCCCGGGCUGAGUCUCUCCCAGAAUGUCAACCAGAUGUGUGGGGGCCAGACCACUCAGGACAAAAGAUGAGGCUGAGCCCCACUGAUGGGAGGCGAGAGUGAGAUGUGGAUUCUCCACUCAGACGUGGCUUUCACCUACCCCCUUCCUGUCAAGUCCACAGGGUGCCUCUGUGGGAAUCAGGAAGGGGCACCUUCUUGGCCCCAGGGCUGCCCACGCUGGCCUGGUGCCCUUGUGCGGGGGCAGUCUGCCUACAUCGUCUUGGCUCGGGUAUGAGCCAUGGUCUUUCUCCUGGGAGCUGCAGUUUCAGAGCUGGCGUGGAUGAGAACAUGCUGGCCAGCUAGGGUUGCCGGAAUUGCAAAGAGAGCUCGGCCACAGAGCAGCUGCCCUGAGGAAUCAGGCCAAAGGUCACCAAGGGAGCAAAGAGUCUGCUGGGGGAAACAGCAUUUCCAGCCUCAUUCCCAGGAAAGCCCACCCUGGCAUUGCUUCAUCUCCUCAGGCCAGGACACAGAAGGCCAGGAUCCCCCUACCCCACUGGGGGCUAAAUCAUCUGGGCCACCACACUUCCCACAGAUGCCUCCGUGUGAAUCAGAAAAGGCCCGCUUGUGGGGAGAAGACGGCCUUACAGAUGCUUCUGCUCUGGGAAACACACCUGUCUGCAGCCCUGAAGGCUGCCCAUGGCUGCAGGUCUCCCCCAUCCUCUCCUUCCCCUUGCAAACGUGGACGAGUGUCGGCAGAACCGCAGACUCUGUAAAAGCCAAGGCAUCUGCAUCAACACACAGGGCAGCUACACCUACCAGUGCCCUCUCAGCUUUGAGUUCAAACCAGGAGACCCGAAGCAGUGCACAGACGUGAAUGAAUGUUCCUUGAAGCAAAACCCGUGCCACAACACCACCCACUGCCUCAACACCGUGGGUGGCUAUAAAUGCCGUUGCAGACCUGGCUGGAAGCCGAUACCUGGGUCACCCAAUGGCCCUAACAACACCAUUUGUGAAGACGUGAAUGAAUGUUCCUUGAAGCAAAACCCGUGCCACAACACCACCCACUGCCUCAACACCGUGGGUGGCUAUAAAUGCCGUUGCAGACCUGGCUGGAAGCCGAUACCUGGGUUACCCAAUGGCCCUAACAACACCAUUUGUGAAGAGAUGCACUUCCCCUCCUGGACCCGGCCCUCUGAAGUCAACAGCAGCCAGAGCCUCUCCCGCUUCUUUGACAAAGUUCAGGAUCUGGACAGAGACUUCAAGCCAGACUUGGCCAAGAGGACUAUCCAAAAACUCAUUAUGUACUUGGAUGAGCUGCUGGAGGCUCCCGGCGACCUGGAGGACCUGAACCCUUCUACUCAGCACCACAUCGCCACAAACCUGCUCUUGGGCCUCGAACAAGUCCUGAGAACCCUGGCCCAGGCCUUGCCUGAACCCUCCUUCACCUACCGUUCCCCUUCAAAAACAGAGCUCUCCCUGAUGAUCCAGAAGCAGGAGAAGGACGGGAACAGGAGCGUUAUUGUGGGCCAGAGCCAUGCUCGGAUGCAGCUCAAAUGGGCUGUGGCAGCUCAAGACAAGGACUCCGGUGAUGGCCAUGGCCACACUGUGGUGGGCAUCCUCUCUAGCCCGAACAUGAAGAGAUUGCUGGCCAACGCCUCCUUGGAUAUGGAGCCCUCGAAGAAAGCUAAGCUGGAAGAGACCCAUGAAAACCCGGUCCACGGGGCCCAGCUCAAAGUCCUCUCAGCUGUCAACUCCGUGUUUCUGAGCAACACAAACACAGAGAAGCUCGACUCUCCUGUCACCUUUGCCUUCUCACACCUCGACCCGAAGCUGGCCUUGAUCACCAAGGUGGGGCUGGCUUUGUCGCUGGUCUGCCUGCUGUUGUGCAUCCUCACCUUCCUGCUGGUGCGGCCGAUCCAGAGCUCGCGCACCACGGUGCACCUGCAUCUCUGCAUAUGCCUCUUCGUGGGCUCCGCUAUCUUCCUGGCCGGCGUUGAGAACGAGGGCGGCCAGGUGGGGCUGCGCUGCCGCCUGGUGGCCGGACUGCUGCACUACUUCUUCCUGGCCGUCUUCUGCUGGAUGAGCCUCGAGGGCGUGGAGCUCUACUUUCUCGUGGUGCGCGUGUUCCAGGGCCAGGGUCUGAGCACGCGCUGGCUCUGCCUCAUCGGCUAUGGCACGCCUGGCGUCAUCGUCGGCGUCUCGGCGGCUGUCUCGGCGGCGGCUCUCAACAGCCAGGGCUACGGCCGUAUCUCCUACUGCUGGUUGGACCUGGCCCAUGGCUUCCUCUGGAGCUUCCUGGGACCAGUGACCUUCAUCGUUCUGUGCAAUGCUGUCAUCUUCGUGAUUACUGUCUGGAAGCUCACUCAGAAGUUUUCUGAAAUCAACCCAGACAUGAAGAAAUUAAAGAAGGCGAGGGUGCUGACCAUCACCGCAGUGGCCCAGCUCUUUGUGUUGGGCUGCACCUGGGUCUUCGGCCUGUUCCUCUUCAGCCCACGUAGCUGGGUCCUGUCCUACAUCUUCUCCAUCCUCAACUGCCUGCAGGGUUUCUUCCUCUUCCUCCUGCACUGCCUGCUCCACAAGAAGGUGAGGGAGGAGUACUGGAAGUGGGCCUGCCUGGUCACUAGGAACAAGUACUCGGAGUUCACUUCAUCCACGUCUGCCACCAGCCACCAAACUCGGGCCUUCAGGCCAUCGGAAUCCGGCAUGUGAAGGCAGGUUCUGGACAGGCCAGCAGCAGCCACGGCAGCUUUCGCACAUGCUGAAGACCCAUCCCUCCUCUCUGCCCCCUCGGCCCUCCCACCUCUGCUGCAGUGCACCAAGGAGAGGGGCAACAGCUGUGGUCUGACACCAAAUCCCAGAACACCAGCCAGGACAGGUGGACCCGCUUCCAGCUGCUUCUCUCUGCUCCAGCCUGGUGGCCCCAGCUGCAUCCCAGAGUGGGGACAUGAGCUGGCCCAGAGCUCCAGCCUGGGUACAAGUCUUGGGGACAGACUCAGGAUUGCUGCCCCCAACCUGCACUUUCCCCUCAUCUAUCUUUGCUACAGAGCAGAGAAGCCAGGUGCUGGGGUCCAACUUCCCUCACAAACUAAGACUGAUGUUAGGGGCGGGAAAGGGCAGGCCCCAGGCCCCCAGCUCCGCCACCUGAAACUCACGGUACGGAGGCCCAACUGCCUGGGGCAGAAGGUUCUGUUUUGGAGGUUCUGUAAUGUCUUUUUUAUCUGUAUAAAUUUUUCAAUGUUGAUACUUAAAGGUCACCCUGAUACAGAAGAAUGACGCAUUGCUCACCGGCCCCCAGGGCCAACAAAAUGCUGGUAACGGCUGAGGAAACAGCAGGUGGGAGUCAGGCUUCCAUAAUAAAAAUUUAUUCUCACACAAAUCUACAACUUUAACACAGUAAAAAGAGGCCCGUUGUCACUGAGGGAGAAGAGACCAGAAGGCAACAGGUGGGAAGGCAGGGGCGGCUCAUCCUGGUGGGCGCUGGGUUACCGGCUCUGUUCAACUGGAAGACACAGGGAAGACCCAGUGAGGACAAGGAGGGACCCGCCACUCCAGCCCCCUGCCCCCGGCCCACCCACUUACUGUAUGUGGAAAUAUCAAUUUCUUCUGGAAGCUCUGCCACAUUCACUUCAAACCGGUCCUGGACGUCGUUGAGGAUCUUGGCAUCGUUCUCGUCAGACACAAAAGUGAUGGCAAGGCCUUUGGUGCCAAAGCGACCUGCACGGGCCACCUGCAAGAGGACAGGAGGAGGGGUCAGUUCUCGGCCCUGGCUCGGUAGAAGGAUCUAAGGGAGGUUGCUCCCUGCGGGCCGCUCACCCGGUGGAGGUAGGUGUCUGAGUCCUCUGGCAUGUCGUAGUUGAAGACGAUGUUGACUCGCUCAAUGUCCAUCCCUCGGCCGAACAGAUUGGUGGCCACGAGGAUGCGCCGCUGGAAAUCCUUGAACUGCUGAUAUCGUGACAAGCUAGGGUGCAAGGGGACAAAGCGGAGGCGUCAGGGGCCAAGUCUCUGGGUAGGCUCCCUUCGAGGGCUGUCCCAGCCUGCACACUCACCGUUCCUCCUGGGCCAUGCCCCGGUGGAUGGCAAUAGCUGGGAAGUUCUGCUCCACGAGGAGCUGGGCCAGGGCCAUGCAGCGCUGCACCGACUUCACAAAGAUCACCACCUGUGAGGGAGCGGCAGUCAGGCCAGAGUCCCACAGCCAGGUGGCAACACAGCCUCCCGAAGCCCCAGAGCCCCAGGAUUCCAUGGCAGUGUCACCUGGUUAAACUCCAGCACAUCCAGGAGAUCGAAGAGUUUGCGGUUCUUCUCGCUGUCCUUGAGCUUGACAUAGUACUGCUGCAGUCCAUGCAGCGUGAGCUUGGUCUCAUCAUCCACAAACACCUCCAUGGGCUGUGGAGGGAAGAGGCAGGGAGGGUGAGUAGGGCUUACUUCUGGGCCUAUUACCUGCCCAAGAAACCUUCCAAAGGAUCUCCUGUAUCCUGACCUCAGUAAAAAUUUCUCUACCA